AUGGCCUUUUCCCUUCAGGACCAGCUGCGGCAAUGUCUGAAGCGAGUGACGGAAAGGUCCCGAGGAAAGUACUCAGCCAGCUGCAUCACUGUGAUUGUGGUGUUGGUUGGCCUGCCUCUUUGGUGGAAGACAACAGAGACAUAUCGUGCCUCUCUGCCUUACAAACAGAUCAGUGAACUAGAUAUUCUCUUGCUUGACAUUAGUGUGCCAGUGGAGGUGGUCUUCGCAAGAGGCACAUUGACGGCAGAACAACAGAAAAGGCUACUGCCACAGACUCAGUUUAGUCAGAAGAUGAAUCAGCUGGAUGGUAAAACAGGCUUCAAGUAUAGGUAUGAGAAGACAUACAGAGCUGCUACUGGCGUAGAACAAGAUGCUAUAAUGGGUGAAAAUGUGGAAGUGACAGUUGUCACGCUUUCCCGAGCUUAUGAGAGCUCAGUAGGAUCUGUGGUGAUAUACAUUGUGCCUGCCGAUUCCCAGCUUUUUCUGCAGGAGGUCAGUGUUUACAUUGGGAAACACAGAGCUGCCUUCCUGCGCUCACCUGUGACUAGAUCGCAUACUGUGGCAGAGGUGCUUCAGGACAUUGACGACAAUGUGGAAGAGAUCCUGCAAACAAUGUCCUUCACUGAUGACGUGGUGGUUGCAGCAUUGUCAAGUCGCUUUCCCUCAGGAACGUUUGGCACUGACACCUUCACAGACAGCAUGACAGCUUUUAAAUCUAGUCUUGGAUAUGAAAUCACCUUCAGUUUGUUGAAUCCUGAUCCCAAAUCCCACAACAUUUGUUGGAGCAUUGAACAAGCAGUGAAUAAUUAUGUGCAACCCUUCCUGAACAAGCUGUCAAUAUUCGCUAACUUUUCUGUGGACUCUCAGAUACUGUACUACGCAGUUCUUGGUGUAACACCACGCUACAAUAAGACCUCAUCAAGCUUUUCCUUAAAUGAGGAUAGCUUGCCCCAUGUGAUCAAUCCAGUCGAAGCCAAACUGGGGUCCAAUGUUGCUUCAAGCUAUCCAGUUUUAAAUUUUCUUCUUUACGUUCCUGAAUAUUCUCAUUCUCCACUGUAUAUCCGUGACCGUGAUGGGUCUCCCAUUGAAUCAAACGCUUUCCACAGCUCCCGUUGGGGAGGAAUCAUGCCACAGAUGAGAUGCCAGAAGACUGGAGGUUGACUAACGUGGUGCCAC